AUGGCACGUCGCAGAGUUCAGUCAUUGUUGAUCCUUUCUGGCUUGGUCAUUGCUGUGCUGUGCAGGCUGCAGAGAUCGCUUGCGGCCGUAUCGGCGGUGCCGAGCCCUUCGUGGCCCGUCAGGAGAAGAUGGUUUUUCAAUGCGGCAGCUUCCGCUGGAGUUGCGGAAAACCUGCCUGCCUAUGCACAAGGCAUUGACCUGGGCUUCUUGGAUCCGCAAGCUCCCAAAGAUGUCGCUGUGGCGCCCAGCGAUGCGGAAGUCACCUCGAGUGGCCUGAAGUCCAAGCUCCUGCUGCGGCCGACCUGUGCGCUCUCAAAGUCGAUUCCUCUCACGAACCCCUCCUGUGAGCGUCCGCAGCCGUGGGACAAGGUUUUGAUCGACUACACGGGAUGGACGCCGGCUGGCAAGAUGAUCGACAGCAGCAGGAACGAGAAACGCUUGGUUCGCGUGAACUCCGUCAUGCCGGGAUGGACCGAAGGACUCCAAAUGAUGGCGCCUGGGGAAUCUCGCCGAUUCUGGAUUCCACCUGAACUGGCCUUUGGCAAAACCGAGUCUGCGACCAGUAAACCGACUGGCCCGUUGGUCUUCGAUGUUGAGCUGUAUUCCAUCGAGAGGCAGCCAAAGCCACCAGCAGAGCUGACUGCUGCGCCGCAGGAUGCAGUCUCCACCCCAAGCGGCCUCGCCUACAAGAAGCUGAAGCCAGGCACCGGAAACAGGAGUCCCGGGCUCGAUUCGAACGUGACCGCCUUGUACAACGGCUGGUCCUCCAACGGCGACCUGGUGCUUUCGACGUCUUUUGGAGCCCAAGAUACCUUCUUCAUCAAGGAGGUUCCCGUUGAAGGCUUGAAGGAGGCCUUGCAACUCCUGGUCGAAGGCGAAACACGCCGUUUCUGGAUCCCAGGAAAGUUGGCUUUUGGUGAAAGGGCGGAGGAAAGUCGUGGCCUUCCUCCAGGAGUCCUUGUAUUCGAUGUACGCCUCCUCAGCAUCAACAGCUGA